AUGUUUAUUCCAUUUCUGUUUUGCUAUUUCACAGAUGACAACAAAUAUAAAGGGGGGGGCAUAUAUAUGGUCUUUGAAUAUAUGGACCAUGACUUAACAGGUCUUGCAGACCGGCCUGGCAUGAGAUUUACCAUCCCCCAAAUUAAGUGUUACAUGAGGCAGCUUUUGACGGGACUGCACUAUUGUCAUGUCAAUCAAGUUCUUCAUCGUGAUAUCAAAGGCUCAAAUCUUCUCAUAGAUAAUGAAGGUAAUCUGAAGCUGGCAGAUUUUGGAUUGGCUCGGUCAUUUUCGAAUGAGCACAAUGCAAACCUUACAAAUCGAGUCAUCACAUUAUGGUACAGACCCCCUGAAUUACUACUGGGGGCAACAAGGUAUGGGCCAGCUGUAGACAUGUGGUCUGUUGGUUGCAUUUUCGCUGAGCUUCUUCAAGGCCACGGGAAGCCAAUCUUUCCUGGAAAAGACGAGCUUGAGCAAUUAAAUAUGAUUUUUGAGCUGUGCGGAGAACCAGAUGAGGUGAACUGGCCCGGAGUUCAAAACACUCCUUUGUACAAUCAGUUGAAGCCGACAAGACCGAUGAAAAGGCGUCUGAGGGAAGUUUUCAGACAUUUCGAUCACCAUGCGUUGGAGUUGUUGGAGAAGAUGCUCACACUUGAUCCUGCUCAGAGAAUUCUUGCCAAGGACGCACUUGAUGCCGAGUAUUUCUGGACUGAUCCAUUACCAUGUGCUCCCACUAGGCUGCCAUACAUGAGAAGAACUAGCUGUUUCAAUUGUACCAUGAAGAAUGAAAAUAUCAACUUACUUAGUUCUACUUGGAAAAGACGGAUUUUGUGUCUGAAUUGCUUGAAGAAAUCCACUACAACGAACAUGCACACACAGACAAAAUGAGACAGUCUUUCAUGUAUAUUUUUUUGUUAAUGAUUCUUAACAUUGUUGGUAUGUAGAUUUGAACUCUG